AUGGCUUCAAAGUUACCUAAGACUACUUUAAAUUUGAAACAGUUUCUCAUGCGUCAAGAAGUUUUAAAAUUAUAUCGCGAUAUUUUCAAAACAUUAAGAAAAGUUCCAGACGAAAAAACGCGUUUGGAGCUUCGUGACUGGGCGAGGAUCGACUUCAGAAACAAUAAGCAUCAUACAGAUGAAACUGUUAUAAAAUCUAUGUUGCACUAUGGAAAAAAAUCAUUAAAAGACUUGCAAAGAACAUUGGCUCUUAGUGAAAGUUAA